CACAUGACACUCGUACAAAUCAACGAACACACUACACACUCUCACUUGAAGCAAGGAGGACGGAGAUCUCCCAAUCCGUCGGAGACUGGAAGAAAAAACAACGGCGUUUAACACUCGUCAUAAAGCAACGUGGAUGUACCGCUGGGAAAUUAUGACGUGCUGUUGUUUUUAGAAAACUAAUAUUUCAAAUUGAAGAAGGCCAGGUUUUGGAAUUAGAAGAGCUAUCCAUGUUUCACUCCUAGUUACAGGUUACUAGCGAAUUAGCCACCUAGCCUCCGUUAGCUCGCCUGAGCGUCCCAACUUUUUUUCCUGGUUCCCGGUUAACUCGCUAGUUUAUUCCGGAAAAAUGUGUUGUUUUUCGCGACGUUUAACCACAUGGCCGGCGGCUAGCAUCGGCUGAUAUUCUUUUCUCUGUCUGGAUCCGUGUUUUUGUCCCGCUACACUUUUUUGGGCUGCUUAAAAAAAAAAAAAAAAAAAAAACAAGAAGUGGACUUUACUCUUGUGACGUUUAGCGCCCUCCAAAAGGCCGCCAUUGAUUUUUACCAUUGGGAGGAUUUCUUAAUAUUUUUUUUUUCUUGAAAAAGAAGAUAAGUUGUUUUAGAGGAUUUCUUUUGGCCUUUGCGGAAAAUGGAUGCGGGUAUAGAGAAGGAAUGCAGCGCCUUGGGAGGUCUCUUCCAGCUCAUCAUGAACGACAUGAAGGCUAGUUAUCCCACGUGGGAGGACUUUAUCACCAAGGGAGUCAAACUUCAGUCGCAACUCAGGACCACCAUCUUGGUGACGGGCGCCUUCCUGGAUGCCUUUCAGAAGGUAGCGGACAUGGCGAUGGGCUCCAGAGGUGCUACCAAGGAGAUCGGCUCAGCGUUAACCCGUAUGUGUAUGCGACACCGUAGCAUCGAGUCCAAACUCAAACUUUUCACCACAGCAAUCUCGGAAAGUCUCAUCACACCGUUAGAGGUGAAGAUGGAGGAGUGGAGGAAAGCGGCGAGUCAGCUAGACAAAGAUCAUGCCAAAGAGUACAAAAAGGCGCGGGCCGACAUCAAGAAGAAAUCAUCUGAUACUGUCAAAUUGCAGAAGAAGGUGAAGAAAGGAAAAGACCAAGCGCGCGGACAAUUGGACAGUGCGCUGCAAGAUGUCAACGAGCGCUACGCUGUCCUGGAGGAGACGGAGAAGCGGGCCGUGUGCCGGGCACUCAUAGAGGAGAGGGCGCGCUACUGCACCUUUGUUACAAUGCUGAAGCCAGUGCUGGACCAUGAAAUCAACAUGCUGGGCGAGGUCACCCACCUGCAAACCAUCCUGGAAGAUCUCACCACGCUGACGGCCGAGCCGAAUAAACUGCCACCGGCUAGCGAGCAGGUUAUUUUAGACCUAAAAGGUUCCGACUUUAGCUAUACCUAUCAGACGCCUCCGGCCUCUCCCAGCAACACGCUGUCCAGGAAGAGCAGUAUCAGCAGUUACCAGUCCGGAUCAGUGCGGCACGUGCCAUCCUUGGACUCCAUCAGCUGUGCUGUGGAUGGAGUGCACAUCCAGCAGCGCUCCUCCCGGUAUCUCCUCAUCGGCUGCGAUGAAAGCGGCCGCUCGCUCAGCGAAGGCAGCUCCCCCUGUCGCCCGAGCGGCCGGCCGGGCUGCCGCGGUCGCUACGGUUACACCGCUGGCCACGGUCAGCGCCCGGCGUUGGGCCGCCGCGUCAGCCGCCGGGAUUUGACCACCGAUACCAUGGGCUCCACCAAUCAGCUGGCUUCUACCGGCACAAGCGGCGAGAACGGCCUCCUGGCGCCGCCACACAACGCCUACACGCAGCACGGCGAGAGGGCCCGCGCCAUGUCAGCGUCCAGCAAAUCGUGUUCCGCUCGCGAUCAGUUGGCCCUGACUUUAGGGGCGCUGACGUCAGACGCGCCGCGCAGCAGCCGUGACUCGCUGCACUGCUCCAGCGGAUACAGCACGCAGACUACCACGCCGUCCUGCUCCGAGGACACCAUCCACACACACGCUGUAAGAAGAGAGCCUCCCCUCUAUGUCGACUACGAGUCCAUUUCCCUCCACGGGGAGGGUGACUCGGUCUCCCUGCACCACCUGUCGCACGGCGCCAGCGGCACCGGCCAGUCGGAAUUCGACAAGUCCUCCACCAUCCCGAGGAACUCUGAUCUGGGCUAUCAGUAUCGCAAGUUCGCCCAGUCCAAGCGACCCGCCUCCACCGUCAGCCUGCUGGCCGACUCGGACCUGGCGGGCGCCUCACACACUGCCACCAUCAGACGCAAGCCCUCCACCAAGCCGGUGUACCGCAGGGGCACCAUCAGCGGGGGCGUGCCUAUCCCCAUCUCCACCCCGCAGGUCCCCACCACACCGGGGAGCGAUGAAAACGUCUUCAACGCACCUUCCGGUGGAGGCUUGUCUUACAACAAGCAUUAUACUUCCACGCAGAGCCUCAGUGCCCUGCCGCCUUCCUCCAACUCGUCGUCCUCUCACUCGCCGUACUACCAGCUGGUGCCCGGCCAGAUGCCCAUCCCGGUGCCCGUGCCCACCGUUCCGCCAAAAGCGGGCAUCGUUGCCAAGCAGCAGCCCAACCACCAGAUGCAGACUUCGCAGUUUAACCACGAGCCACAGAAACAAAACCGAAUUUACAACCAACCCCAGAACCAGAUCCAAAACCGAAUCCAACCCCACUUCCAAAACCAGCAGCUUAAACACAAUCUCAUCCACCAGCAGAGGGUCCAACAGAGGGCGUCCAAUGCCCAGCAGGAGAACUCCAUCCCGGGUUACGACCCCGACGAUCUCCCCCCACCGCCCUCCGACCAGGACCAGGAAGUGGCGACACAAGCUCGCGGGGAAAGGGACAUGCUGAACCUAAUCAGAGGCGUGAAGCUCAGACGGACCCUAACCAAUGAUCGCUCCGCCCCCUUCCUUCCCCCGCCAACCAAUCACAACUGAGCGGUCAUCUUCAUUUCGCUUCGUGCUGUGCGCAUUUUUGUUGGUGUGCGUUUUCAAACCAUUUUGCCUCUUGUUCCGCUUAUUGGUUCAGUUUUUAAACGUGAAUCAAAAAGUUUGUUAGUUGCGUUUGACAAACGGUGGAAAAUUCACGGAAAUUUCCGGAAUAUUUUUGGUCAAUCGGCAGUUUUCUUUUGCUCUCGCAAAGCUCGCUCGUAGUGCAAAUUUUUGCCUCUCAUUACAAAGAGGAAAAAAAAGAAAAUUACUGGUGUACGCUUAGCCCUUUUUUAUGCUGAUUUUCAUGACUGGAAUUAACAGUGACUGAACUUGAUGUUGAGAAAAUGAGCGGAGUUGGCAUUUUUGAGCUUGAAAUCCUGAAGAGUUGAGCUGUUUUAUUUUGUUUUUUUAUUUUUAUUUUUAAAUAGUAGUUUUUAUUUGUAAACGUCAUAGCAGGCUAUGAGGAGAAAAGUUGAGAAAAAAAAAAAAGGGUCCUCUUGCUGUACUCGGUUUGCCCACACGAUGGCGCACUUAGCUUUCAGGUUACGUUCAGGUUUUUUCCAAGUCCAAUUGAUGCAAAAUUUUAGUUCAUCUGAAGUUUCUGAUUUUGAAGUUGGGCUGGAUUGAAUACUCUCCGUUGCUGUUGGACGUUUUUCGCCACAUUUAGGGCUAGGCUGGCUUUCUCUCGUGUUAUGUGGUUGGAUAUAUUCCUUAUCGAAUGUCUGUACGCACACAAUUAAGCAUAUUGUAUUUUUCUGCAAUGGGCCACCGUAGCCGCCGUCUUAUUUUUGUAGAAGCGUGUUGGAACGUCCCGGCACAAACCAACAGAAUGUACGUUUACUUUUCUGUUCAUCCUCCAAAUGCUGUCACGCCGCUCGCGUGUGGAGUCAUCGAAUUGUUCAGAAUUAUAUUGACAUCUCUCGUCAAAAAAAGUUCUGCUUGUUGUGUGUUUUUUUUUUUCUGAUUUGUUGAUUUGUAAAAGUUUGGAGGUAGAAGACUGCUUCAGAAUUGAACGUCGAGUUUUACUUGAUUGUUUAAAAUAGUUUAGAAUGUUAAAAAAGUGUUUAAAUUGAAAGACAUUCUAUUUCAAUAAAAGUUCAUUGAAAGAGAAUAUCUUGGAAUGUUAAAGGAGUAAGAUUAUU